AUGGCCUCCUCUUCCAACGUCGAGUCGACCAUGCCUUGCGCACUCAUCGACGCAAAGUUGAACUUUUUGUACGACGAAGAUCCUACUUGGGCCGCAGCAGCAAGCAAUAUCGGUGCCGAGUACAACAUUGUCUCUGUUCUCGGCUCCCAAGGAUCAGGAUGCACUACCCUGCUCAACGACACAUUCGGCACUCAGUUCGUCACGAUGGGCAUGGAGGCAGCGCAGACCACUAUUGGUGUUCAGUAUGCAUGGUCUGCCGAGUCUCGUGCCAUUACGCUCGACCUGCAAGGCAGAACCGGCGCUGCCUUUUCGCGCAUCGAGAACAAGCUUGCUCAGUUUGCGGCUUCAGUCUCAUCCAUCAUUCUGAUCAACCUCAAGCAAGAUGAGAUUGUUCGCCACGCUACUCAGCACCAGGCCUUGCUCGAGACCAUUUGCAAGACUCUACUAGAGCGAUAUGAUGACGAAGACUCACUUCGACGAACCGUGACCUUGCUCUAUGUCAUUCGGGAUUGGGACGAAAGCAUUUCCAAUGAGAGCGCCAUAGCUGCACUCAACCGAGGCAUCACUGAGGUCUGGAGUCGCGUGGCUGACGAGAUGGAGUCGCCAGAGGCGCAAUUGACCGACUAUGUCAGACUUGCAUUCGAUACCCUUGCGCAUAGAAAACUAGAUGCUACCGCCUAUUUCCAGCAGGUUUCCAACCUUUCUCAAAAUCUCAAGACUGUCGGGCCAGAUGGAUUUGGUGCAACCGAGCAAUCGUCGGAUGUCCCUCUCCAGGACGUGUUCGACCACAUGCAGCGCGUCUGGCGUACCAUCCGAGGCCGUGUCAACGUUUCUGAUGAACGCCGUGCUCUUGCCGAGCGCAUGUGUCCCAUCUUUGUCAACUCCUCUCUCAAGAUGGCGAAUCGUUACAUCAAGGAAAAGCUUGACCCCGACCAAGGAGGUGAAGACUUCAAGGCCGGCUCAGAGACAGCUCGCGAUACCGCUCUUGCACAAUACGAUGUUAUAGUCAAAGUCUAUGACCCCGAGGUUGUCUCCAAGCACCGUGCGACGCUAGAGGCCAAUAUCAACUCCGAGUUGAUGCAGUCCUACUUCGUCCACCUCCAAGGUCUCCGCAAGAUUGCAUUGGGCGAGUUCAAGCAACGUCUCUCGGCGCUCCAGAAGAGCACGUUCCCGAACCCACCAAUCACGCCAAAGGAGCUCCUCGUCAAGAUGGCUCAGCUCCAAGACGACUGCGUGAGCGUCUACCGCAGCCUUGCCGAGUCGGCAAGACUGAAUACCGAGUGGACAUUUGAGGAGCAAGUCAUGACGCUCAACAGCAGCAUGGACAAGCUCACUGCUCCCAUCCGCCAGCAGCAAGACGCCAUUGAGCUCGCACUCAAGCGUUCCCAAGAGGUCAUCCCGAGGUCCAUGACUCCACCUGUCGACGUGUCGUCUAUCCUUACCACGUCGAUGAACCACGUCCGCAUCCUCUCAUCGGCUCUGAACCUCUGGGGUUCAAAGUAA